AUGACCACCAACACAACCACUGGAACCACAGGUCCUAAGAAGCUUUGCGAUGCUAACCCCUGUGGAGCAGUUGCUUCCUGUGUUAAUCUAUAUGAUGAAUAUAUUUGCCUGUGCACGGAGGGGUAUUACUUCAGCUCCGACACAUGUCUGAGAGGAAAGACAUUCCCUGGAGAGAUUACAGUAGAGGUAACUGAUACAUCUGACUUGCAAGAUGAAACUUCUCUGGCCUAUCAAAGCUUGUGGCAAUAUAUUACUACAUUUGAGAAAAAUAAAGCGGUAGGCUAUGAAAAGGUUGCACUGACCUGGUUCCGAACAGUUUCCAUCCACGCAGUGUGUGUCACGUGUUUCCUGGGCAUGGCCCUGUGUGCAGCAGCAGCAGUGGCCAGGGUGGAGAGAGGAGGGGAAGUAGAUGAAGCUGCGGAACAGGAAAGAGAAAAACCUGUUUUGGGCAUCAAAGACAUAAGCUCUGACCAGAAGCCGCAGCCACCUCCACCUCGGCCUGGCACAUCUUCUCUACAAGCAAAAUCUGUAAGGGUGUCUGUAAGAGUAGUGAACAUUUUUGAACAGAAUACAACUGAAAGUGAGACAAGUAUAUCUGCUCAAAUUGAUAAAGAAAUUGAAAACCACAAGAACAUUUCAGAAUAUUCACCGCAAAAUCUGUGUGAAUAUUAUGGUUGUGAAGAUGUUCAUCAAGACAAUUGCAGCAGUACUUUAAACUGCCGGUGUAGAGAUGGGCUGCAGAGACCUUCCCCACAGUCCCCUUUUUGUCUUGCUUUACAGUGUUCUGAAGACUGCAGAGCGGAGAACAAAAAGCAGUGCUUGAAGAAGAGCUUUGGGGAGCUGGAGUGCACCUGCCUUCCCGGCUACAAGAAGGCAGAGGCUAGUAACAACUGCCAAAAGUGUCCAUUUGGUUACAGUGGGAUGGACUGUGAGGACCAGUUUCAGUUGACCCUCACUAUUGUGGGCACCAUUUUGGGCGUCUUGGUCCUCAGCCUGGGGAUUGUGCUGGUCAUCACGAUGAGAUCAAGGAACAGAAAGAAGAACAUCGAAGAGCAGCACUUGAUCGAGAAUGACUUCCAGAGUCUGCGGCUGCAGCAGACGGGUUUCAGCAAUCUGGGAGCUGAAGGCAGCCUCUUCCCCGAGGUCAAGACCAAGGCCUCCCUAGACCAUCAGUUCUCAAAUCCCUACAUAGGCCGGUAAAGCGUUCCUGGCCCUACUGCUAGGUGAGUCGGGGCUUUCUGUUGGGUUGUGCCCAGGGAAAUGCCCCGGGGCAGAGUAGGGGCACCU